CGUGAGGAUCGUAUUUUUGUUCCUGUGUCAACGAAAAGAAGAAAAGAACAGCAGCCAGUGAGACCGGGCUAAGUUGUCAUCAAAGAUAGUUUUUUUCUAAAACAUUAACAGAAAAGUCUCUUAUCUGACACCAGCCAGGCAUCCACCACCUUAACAGAACUCAUUCUAAAGAUGAAUUCCAAUGUGGAGAAUUUGCCCCCUCAUGUUCUUCGCUUGGUCUACAAAGAGGUUUCAGCUUUAGCAGCAGAUCCGCCCGAGGGUAUCAAGAUUUACCCCAGUGAGGAGGACAUAACUGAACUGCACACAGCCAUUGAAGGACCAGAGGGAACUCCAUUUGCUGGUGGCAUUUUCCGAAUGCGUCUGGUCCUUGGGAAGGACUUCCCUGCGGUUCCACCCAAGGGGUAUUUCCUGACCAAGAUUUUUCACCCCAACGUGGGUCACAAGGGAGAGAUCUGUGUCAACGUGUUGAAGAGGGACUGGAAGGCAGAACUCGGCCUCAGACAUGUCUUACUUACAAUCAAGUGUCUUCUCAUCCAUCCAAACCCAGAGUCAGCUCUGAACGAAGAGGCCGGGCGUUUGCUGUUGGAGGACUACGCAGAAUAUGAGUCCCGUGCUCGGCUGCUCACAGAAAUCCACGCCAUGGGCGGGCCCGGCGCGACCUCUGGGGCUCCUCAGGACCCUAAUGAUGGCCCACAGCCAAAGAAGCAUGCAGGAGACCCUACAAAGAGAGCAGGGCCCAGUGCAGCAGCUGUGCCAGCAGCUCUGGGUAAUGGAGCUAAUGGAGCCAGCACCACCACCAGCAAUAGCAACAGUAGUAGUAGCACUAACAAUGUAGCAGGGAAAAAGAAAGCAGAUAAAAAGCGUGCAUUGAGGCGGCUUUAAUACCUGUCUCUGUGUGUGCGUGUGUGUGUGUGUGUGUGCGUGCGUGCGCAAGCGAGAGUGUGUAAAUAUAAAUAUUGAAGUGUGCUGAUGAUGUUUUUGUUCCCUUUCUUUUAUGGCUCUUUCUACCACCAGUCCAGACUGUCCACUUUCUACUCAUACUUUACCCUUUGUUUUGCCACCAGUUUGCCCUGAUGGCAUUACAGGUUUGUUAAUUAUUUCCAUGAUUAAAAAUAUUUGUUCCUCUUUUUGAAGACACUUUCACUGCGAAAAUCAUGCCAUCAUUUGUAGUUUUUCCUUGGCCGUCUUCUGAAUGAAUGACACAGGGAGUGGUUUUCACUGUGCAAAAGCCUCUGUCUGUCCAUUAAUGAAA